AUGGAUAUUUGGGAUAGUUUACAAAAUAUUAGGGACAAUCAUGACAUGCAAAAACACAUACAGAAAUUGAGUAGGUAUCAAAGAGAUCUAUCAUGCAGAAAAUGUUACGGGUAUUUGAAAGACAAUAAGAAAGAACUGAAAGAAUUUCUGGAAUUUUGGAGAAUAUUGAAGGAGUUGAUACCGCAGAUGGGAACAUAUAAUUGGAAUACUAUAAUAAAUUUCAGUGAUUUGAUACCAAAUGAAGAUGAAGCGAUAGUAGAGGUGAAGAAAAGGAGAAAAGCAAUAAGUGUGAUAAUAUAUUCGAUAAGGUAUGACGAAAGACCGGAAUAUACGUAUAAGGGAAUAGAGACGAUAAUAGAAAUAAUUAUGGAAAAUUGGGUGAGAAUAGAUGACAAAGGAGAAGUGAUGGUAGGCAUAAAUGAUAUAAAAGAGGAGAUACAAACUAACAAAGAAGUCGUAGAAUAUGGACAUCGUAUUGGAGAAAAGGAAAUAGAAAGACGAUUUAACGAGUUUUGGGAAUGGUACAAAACAAAGACAGGAGUCAUAGAAGAGUCGGAUAGAACAAAAGAUUAUUUUAAAGGAUUACUAUAUCUAGAAGAGAUGAUAGCUAAUGAAGAGAACAAAUGGAGAGUAAUCCGAUUUCAGAAAAGUAUGAGAUAUACGACUAGAGUAUCAUAUCCUAAGUACAAAGAUGGAUGGAAAAAUAACAAGUUAACGGAAGAAAUAAUUGAGGAAUUUAUAUCGAGUAAACAGUUCGAAAUAGGACUUAGCGAUGUUGGAAGCAGCGAAUUUAAUUUGGUAAGUUCUGAAAUGAGUGAGUAUAGUAGCGAAGAUGACAAAGAAACAUCAGGUAUAGGUAUAGCAGAAAUCAAAGAAAGAUUGGAAAGGAAAGGGAUAUUAAUAGAAAAACUAAAGAUAGAAAGAGCGAUAAGAUUAGGAUAUGAACUGAAUCAAAUAUUAGUGGUAGAAUUUUGGAUAAAGUACAAUGAAUUAGAGAAUCUAUCAGACGAGAAAUUAAAAAGUGAAUUGAAUGAAUGGGUAAGGAUGAAAGUUCAGGAGAAUAAUGAGGCGAUAGCGAAAUUUGGACAAAUAAUUGCUAAUUUAGGCAUGGCAAUGUCAGAUAGUAUCUUAUGGCAUUUGUAUAAUUGGAGAUUUGACGAGAAAGAUAUAGGAAAUAGACAGUUCUUACGGGAAUACAUAGGAUUAAUGAAAAUGUAUCUGAUGAUAAACGAAAAGAAUCAGGUAAUAGUAGGAAGACUGCUGAAACAGUUUAAUGAAGAAGGAGGAAGAGCAGAAACUGAGGAAUGGUUAGAAAGAGCACAGGAAAAUGAGAUAAAGGUCUUAGAAAGUGAAUUAUUGACAUUGUGGAAUAUGGGGUAUACGGAAGAAGAGGUAUUCACAAAAGGACUAAUUGGAAAAUUCCAAGAAAUAAAAGAUGGAUUGAAAACGGCAGUGAUGAAAGAAUUAGACUUAUGGCUAGCAAGGAAGCGAAAGAAGAGAGAAUUAGAGAAUGAAUCGAGUGAAGAAGAAGAUGAGAUUGAUAAAAUAAUGAUAUCGGUGUGUAAAACAUUAUUGGGAACUGAGAACGAAUUAACAAAAACAGACAUCAGCAGGUUAUUGAGAUUAGGAUUUGACCAAUAUGAAAUAGUUUUUGAUGGACUUAUUAGGGAAUAUAAAUCUGUACGAGAAAAGGAUGAUAAAGAAGUCCAUAGAGUAUUAUACUCACAUCUAAUAAGUAGAGGAAUGAGCAGAAAUGUAAAUGAAGAGGAUACGGAUGAAUCAGGUUCACAAAGAGAGUCGGAAAAGGAAAAUACAAGAUCAGAAGAAACUCAAGAUGAAAACUCUUUUAGGAAAUCAGAAACUUCUUCUUCAGAAGAAGAAAAAUCAAGUGAUGAGUCUGAAAAACUUAUAAAUACACCUGGAAAAAUUUCUUCUGAACAUUCAGACAGCGAGCAGGAAAAAGAAGAAAAUAAAAAACCAACAAUAAAAAACACCACAACAAUAGGAGUAACUAGAGCUGAGAUGAGACAGGACUUACAAGCAUUAGGAACGGUUAUAUUUGGACAUGAUGUGGGAAACAAUUGGAAUAAUUUGAAUGUACCACCGAUAACUAUGACUGGAUUACAAGGAGAAAUACAAGCUGUGGAUCAAAGAGUAAAUGCGACUAGAGGAUUAUUAGUGGAAUUUCCAAAAUUUUAUGGAACCCCAGACGAGGACGUAGAAGAAUGGUGUGAUAAGUUUGCAAGGGCAUAUCAAACAAAUGGGUUACCAGAUGAUGAUGCGCAAAGGUUCAGGAUAGCUGAAGCUCAACUGGGAUAUGGAGCGUCAGAUUGGUUCAGAACUGAGGGAGCAGCUAUAACCGGAUAG